AUGGAAUCCGAUGUAGACCACUGCUUCCCAGGAGCCUGCGAAAACGGCGGCACCUGUAUCUAUGGCCUCGACACCUUCACCUGCAUGUGCCAACCUGGCUUCAAGGGAGAGAGAUGCCAAACGGCUCCCUGCAGUGAAGAUUACGAUCCACCCAUGAAUGGCGCCGUUGCCUGUGCGCUGACGGACGACACGACAGGGGCCAUGUUCUGUACUGUCUUCUGUCAGGGUGACAAGGAGUUUGCCAUAGAACCUGCCCAGGCGUACUCGUGCCGGGCCGAUGGGGAGUGGUUCGCUGACUCCGAUCUUGUGGUGGGUCAGGGUAGUCCUUGGCCAGACUGUACAGGAAGGUACCGUCCCGGACGACCCCACUUUGUCGGAGACGUCCACUACUUCUACGGCAAUGACUGUCACAGCAGCGCAGCCGAAAUCAUCUCCAACUUCCAACAGCUCUUCAAUCAGCUGGUGUCCUCCCAACCAGGAGAGACAAGCACAGUCCGCCAACUGGUGGUGGAGUGUGGAGGGACGGCUUGACAGGGCCAUUCGAGGCAACCUGCCCCUGGCUUGAACAGGAUGUGAGGUCAGCCUUUGUUGAAUCGACUGAGACAGACCAACGACACUUAACCUUGCUCCAGAACUUUAAGUUGAGCUACUUA